UAUCUGAUAGCUUUUUUGAGGAUUCUUCACAUCCCAACACUUGUUUCUCUGAGUAUUUUGUCAUUUUGCACCAUUCUCUUUAAAGGGAUUGUGAUGUUUAUUAUUUUUUUGCUUUUUAUGCUGUCAUUGAGAACCUUGAUGCAUUGCCAUAGUGGUCAUGAACUUCAUUAAAUGCAAGCCUGAAAACUCAAUUGUCCUAUACAUUAUGCAUUUAUUGCCCUCAGUUGUUUUCAAUUUGACUCAUCCCAUCACUUCACUUCACUUGAUCUUUUUACUUCUGCAACACUCCAACUCUUAUUUUAGAGUGAGAGUUUUAUUAUUAUUGUUGUGGUGAUGAGGCACUAGUAGUAGAAGUAGUGGUAGUGAAGAUGGGGAAAACACCAUGCUGUGAUAAACAUGGAGUGAGAAGAGGUGCUUGGACUCCUGAAGAAGAUGAAGCAUUGAUUGAAUACAUUAAGAAACAUGGCCAUGGAAGUUGGAGAACAGUUCCAAAGCAAGCAGGUGCAAGUUUGAAUUCCCUGUGUCAUUGCAUUUCCAUUUCUUCUUUUUUGCUUUCUUUUCUUUUCAAGUGUGGAGUUUUUUAGAACUUUUUGAAGCUAGAAAAAAAAACAGAAAAACCAAGUGGGGUGUCUUAAAAUUGCACCAACUCAAAUUCUUGAAUUUAACUGGUCAAGUCUUAGAUGAAUAUAACUUUUAUACCCUUGAGAAAUGGUUCACAGAACCAUGUAUAUCUAAGUAUCUAACUAUAGGUCCUAAAAAUUGGUUAAAUGUUGUAUGAAAAAAUGAACAAACAUGACACAUUAUAUGAUUCUGUUGGUGAACUCUAAUCUUUAAACUUGCCACUAACUAAGGUCUCCUGAGAUGUGGCAAAAGCUGUCGUCUAAGGUGGAUAAAUUACCUUCGCCCUGACAUAAAACGUGGUCCAUUUACAACUGAAGAAGAGGGUACAAUUAUUCAGCUUCAUGGCAUGCUUGGAAACAGGUACCUCACAUUAUGAGUUAACAAAGAACAAUAAUAGUGCUUGAAUGAAUGAAUGAAUGAAUUCUAGUUGAUUCCUUUAUUGUUGAUUUCUUCAGUUUCAGCAUUUAUGUUGCAAUUCCAUUAUGCUUGUAAUGUUACAUUCAAUUUGCAUGUAAAAAAACAAAUACUUUUUAGGUGGGCUGCUAUAGCAUCCCAUCUUCCAGGAAGAACAGAUAAUGAAAUCAAGAACUUUUGGAACACGCAACUGAAGAAGCGCCUGCCUCGAUCCUCUUUCGUGCCUGAUCAUAACAAUGUUAAAUCUGAGUCUCCUUCUACGCGCCAUAUGGUGCAAUGGGAAAGUGCAAGAGUUGAAGCUGAGGCAAGGUUGUCAAUGGAAUCCUCAUUGCAUAAUUCAUUCUCAGCAAGUGAAUCAUACCAGGAUCACUUUCUCCAACUCUGGCAUUCUGAGGUUGGACAGUCUUUUCGCGUGAUCAAGGCGAAAGAAGAAGGAGCAGUUGUGACUCAGAACCUUGUGUCACAAGCAUCAUUAUCUUCGUCCAAAUUGGAGUCGAGUUCUGAAGUCUCAUUGAAGUUGAAGAACACAGAAAGCAGUUUCUUUGCUGACAUAACACAUGAACAACAAAAAAGUAGCUCUAAGGCAAAGCUUGAAGAUGGUGGCACGGCCGAGUCGAGUUUAGGCUAUUAUGAAUUUCUUGAUACUUCUGAUUCUUCAAUAAAUCAUCUGCUAGAUGUGCCUGAUGGUGAAGUGUUGUUCUUAGGACAGAAUGACAAUUUCCUCAAUACCCUUGAUGGUAGAUGUGAGUAAGAAAGAGUCUUCAUAAUAUGCUUUGAUUUUAGGAUCAUUUUAUUGCUUUUUCCUAAUGUAGUCAUAAUGUUGAUGAAACUAAUUUGAGAUCUUAAUAAUGUCCUUAUCAUUGAUUAUAUCAUUUUUCCAGGCUGCUAGACUAAUCAAAGAGUAAUUAUUGGACAAAAGGAAUGGAAUAAUUUAAUUUCAUUGUCCUCAAAGUAGAUGGUAUAUAUAAAUAAAUAUAAAUAUAUAUAUAUAUACACUCCAACAUAACAAUCUCUAUAGACACAUAAUGAAAGGAACAUUGAACUAAAUUUUGCAUGACAUAAAAUUAAACUCAGAUCACACAGUUGUAUUGAUAUAUAUGAAUGGGAAGAGAUGAAAGAAAUGCACAAAUAGUAAUUCACAUCUUUGAUUUCCAAACAGGCUUUUUUGCUUGAUUGAGCAUUGAAUGAGAGGCAUUAGAAACAACCAAGGAGUUUCUUUGGAGCAGUUCCAGUAGCC